AUGACGACUUUCGUUGAAAACAGAGUAUGUACCUACUUGUCAAUAAAGGAUCUUCUUGCUCCAAAAAGAAAUGCUAAUAAAAUCGGUAGACCUCAAAACGAAUUUAUUCUAUAUCGAAAAGAGAUCCUCGCGGAACUCAAAAAUAACAACGAAAAACACACCCUAAGAGAAGUUUCCCAAAUCGCAUCAUUGAGAUGGAAAUCUGAAUCUACUGAGCGGAGAAAUUUUUUCAUUAUCUUGUCGAAAGUUGGAUUUUUGGUAUAUAGAGAUUUGUACGAGCAUUAUUGUAAAAAUGAUAAUGCUAAUGCUAAUGCUAACAAUAGCACCGACAAUGAGAAUCAAACAAUCACUUACGACAGCGUUAACGAUAUCAAUUGUAUUAAUUACAAUUGUGAUGGUGAAUCAGACUCAUCAACCGAACAACCUAAAUAUUCAGUAUUCACCCCCAACUUUGAAGUCUUGGUCGAAAGAGAGACUUCCUUAUUGGGUUCAAAUACCUCGUCACCCCCAUGGUCUGGCUCCGCUUCGAUGCCACAAAUGCUUCUUGUACCAUCUUAUCCGGAGAUGCAAUACCACCAACAAAACUUUUGUCAAUCAUUAAUCGACAUUGACAAUAAUGUUGGUGACGUCGACCCUGACUUAGAAUUAGCAACUAUUUUACAUCAAUUAAGAGUUGACAACGCAACCGCAACAAACGACUCUAAUGUGCUUGAUCAACCAAGCAUCGAUAAUUUCGUCACUUCCAAUCCGAUUUCUAUUGCCUCCACAAUUAUGGAUACAACAACCACUGAUAAUUACCAUUACCUUAAUCCACAACACCCAUAUUAUCCCUAUUAUCCCCAACACGACCAAUUUUCCGCAAAUUCCACAGCACUUAAUAUCGAAAAUGUUAAUUUUGAUUUCGAUGAGAUGCCAAAGUUUGAUGAAGAAAAGGGAUAUUGUUAUCACGAUGAUUAUUUUGUUGAUAAAAAUCGACAUGAAUAA